CACCAACACACCCACACCCACUCUCCACCGCUAAAAUCAACGCCAGCGUCACCAACACAAUGGCCACGUCAGCACCCCACGCCCUACGCACCCCAUUUCUCCGAAACCCCUCCCUCUCUCUCUCCUCCAAGCCUACUCUGUCCUCCGUUUUCCCCGUCUCUCUCUCCUCGCGCCGCCGGGCCGCACCGCGGCUCGUGGUGGUGCUCUCCGCUGCCCGGCUCGACGCCAAGCCCACCGUUCUAGUCGCCGAGAAGCUCGGCGAGGCCGGGCUCGACCUCCUCAAGGAAUUCGCCAAUGUCGACUGCUCCUACAACCUCAGCCCCGAAGAGCUCUGCACCAAGAUCUCGCUUUGCGACGCGUUGAUCGUGCGGAGCGGGACCAAGGUCAGCCGCGAGGUGUUCGAGUCUUCCGGCGGCAGGUUGAAGGUCGUCGGUAGGGCCGGCGUCGGCAUCGACAACGUGGAUCUGGGGGCGGCGACUGAGUUUGGAUGCUUGGUGGUGAAUGCGCCCACGGCCAACACCGUCGCCGCCGCCGAGCACGGGAUUGCUCUCUUGACCGCCAUGGCUCGCAACGUCGCUCAGGCUGACGCGUCUGUGAAAGCCGGGAAGUGGCAGCGGAACAAGUAUGUUGGUGUUUCUCUUGUUGGGAAGACCUUGGCUGUGAUGGGAUUUGGGAAAGUUGGAUCUGAAGUGGCUCGGCGUGCCAAGGGGCUCGGCAUGCAUGUGAUUGCGCACGACCCAUAUGCACCCGCGGAUCGUGCUCGCGCCAUUGGUGUGGAACUUGUGAGCUUUGAUGAGGCUUUGGCAUCUGCUGAUUUCAUAUCCUUGCACAUGCCUCUCACUCCCGCCACUUCAAAGGUUCUCAACGACGAGACUUUUGCGAAGAUGAAGAAGGGAGUUAGAAUCGUGAACGUUGCGCGUGGGGGAGUUAUUGACGAAGAUGCACUCGUCAGGGCACUCGACGGUGGAAUUGUUGCUCAGGCUGCUCUUGAUGUGUUCACUGUGGAGCCACCACCACAAGGCAACACGUUGGUGUUGCAUGAGAGAGUUACUGCAACUCCUCACCUUGGUGCCAGUACCAUGGAGGCACAGGAAGGUGUGGCCGUUGAAAUUGCUGAAGCUGUCGUUGGAGCCUUGAAAGGGGAGCUUGCUGCCACUGCACAAUUGCCAUUGCAGGUGUUGACAGAACUGAAGCCAUAUGUUGUACUUGCUGAGAAACUUGGGAGACUGGCAGUCCAACUAGUGGCUGGAGGCAGUGGUGUGAAAACUGUCAAAGUUUCAUAUGCCUCAGCUAGGGCUCCUGAUGACCUUGACACUAGGCUGCUUCGAGCCAUGAUUACUAAGGGUCUCAUUGAGCCCAUUUCCGACGUUUUCGUGAACCUGGUCAAUGCUGAUUUCACUGCUAAACAGAGAGGACUAAGAAUAACAGAAGAGCGAACCGUUCUCGAUGGUUCACCCGAGAGCCCACUCGAUUCAAUCCAAGUUCAGAUUGCCAACGUGGAAUCCAAAUUUGCCAGUGCCAUAUCAGAGAGUGGAGAGAUUACGGUGGAGGGUCGGGUUAAGGAUGGGGUUCCUCACUUGACGAAGGUUGGAUCAUUUGAAGUUGAUGUGAGUUUGGAAGGUAGCAUAAUACUCUGCAGACAGGUUGACCAGCCGGGUAUGAUUGGAACAGUUGGAAGCAUUUUAGGAGAGGAGAAUGUGAAUGUCAGUUUCAUGAGCGUUGGAAGGAUUGCGCCAAGAAAGCAGGCUGUGAUGGCAAUUGGGGUGGAUGACCAACCCAGCAAGCCAGCUUUGAAAAGGAUUGGAGAUGUUCCAGCCAUUGAAGAGUUUGUUUUCCUCAAGUUGUAGUGUUGCAUUAUAUUCAUCUGUGCCUUUUUGUAUCCUUAUGCUUUUAUCUCUUUUAAAGGGGGCAUGGCUUUAUCUUGCCUGCCCGAUUUUGAAAAUCCUUUGGGUUUCUGGUAGAUUUAGGGUGAGAAUGAAGAAUAAAUCAGUUUGCGAUGCUAUGGAUGUACUUUAUUGAGUUAUUAUUGCCCCCAAAUUUCAAUUUUCUCAUGUUUUGAUGAA